CUCUAUUGUUCCAGCACCCGCUCCGCUCUGGACGGUGCAGCGCCGUCUGUGGCCACAGAGGGCGCUGUGCGCAUGGCAGGCCGGGCUGCGCGGCCUUCACAUCUUUUUGUCUGAGAACUGGAUCCCUCUGCCGCUCUACAGUGUGUGCGAUAGCCUCGGAGCUGCGUCCGUAACACACUGUCAAACCACUCCAAACGAAUACAACCGCGACCAAAAGCAUUUAUUCAACACAUGCUGCCAUGGCGUUCCUAAUCCGCCGGUGAAUCGGUCGUAUUUCUGACUGUUCGUUGGAACUUAGUCCGGGAUUGAAUCGGGCUUGCUUUCUGUGUGCAUCAGUCUUUAUUAGCGAGCUGCCGCUCUUCUUGCUAUCAGCUAUUUCUUUAACUUUUUAAACACUCAGCUUCGCGAAUGACUGAGCGCCGGCGGAGUAUGGGAUCCUUGGUGUCUUAAGAAGCGACUGAAGUGGGGUUUAACCGUUUUUGCAUGCAAAAACAAUGGCAAAUUCGACGGGGAAAAAUCUACUAGAUCAGCGAAGGAAAGGACAGGCUUUCCUGGACGAGCUGCGGCAAUUUCACCAAAGCAGAGGAUCGCCGUUCAAGAAGAUUCCUUUCGUGGGUGGGAAAGAGCUGGAUCUGAAUGCUCUCUAUAUCAGAGUCGUCUCUUUAGGUGGAUUUGCUAAGGUUUCUGACAAAAACCAAUGGAUCGAACUUGGAGAAGAGUUUAACUUUCCAAGGAGUUGUUCCAACGCUGCAUUUGCUUUAAAACAGUACUACCUUCGAUACUUGGAGAAGUAUGAGAAAGUCCACCACUUCGGAGAGGAUGAUGAAGAAACUCAGCCGGGGAAUCCCAAAGCCUCUCUUCCAAUCGGUGCAAUUCCCAGUUCUUAUAACUACCAGCAACACAGUGUAUCAGACUAUCUCCGCCAAAGCUAUGGACUGUCUACGGAUUUCGCUCCGCCGUGUGACUACAACAAACUGGUGCUGUCUCUCCUUUCGGGCCUACCCAACGAAGUGGACUUCGCUGUCAACGUUUGCACUCUGCUUUCCAACGAGAGCAAGCACGCCAUGCAGCUGGACAAGGACCCCAAACUGGUCACAUUGCUGCUGGCCCACGCCGGAGUCUUUGAUGACUCGCUAGGCAGCUUCUCUGGAGUAUUCGGGACAAACUGGAAGGAGAAAACCUCCCGGGACUUUGUCAGGUUCUGGAAAGAAGUGGUGGAGGACGUUGAAGUCAGGGAGCUGAUCUGGGACAAGAGCAGCCCUGCACAAGAAGGUACGUCGUGUGAGGAGCGCUGGCGGAGCCUCUUUCACCCGCCACGGAACCUGGGAAUCAGCGACAUGGAGGCCCAGCGGGUGCUGCAGAUUGCCGUUAUCCUGCGAAACCUCUCCUUCGAAGAGGCCAACGUCAAGCUGCUGGCGGCCAACCGAACGUGCCUGCGCUUCCUUUUGCUCUGUGCCCACUGUAACCUCAUCUCACUCCGCCAGCUUGGACUCGACACGUUGGGCAACGUGGCUGCUGAGCUCCAGCUGGAUCCCGUUGACUUUCGGACGACUCAUCUGAUCUUUCACACCAUAACCAAAUGCUUGAUGUCCAGGGACAGGUUUCUCAAAAUGAGAGCCAUGGAAAUCCUGGGCAACCUCAGCAAGGCAGAGGACAACGGCGUGCUAAUCUGCGAGUACGUGGACCAGGACUCGUACAGGGAGGUAACGAUGCUCCUCACCCUGCCUGACCUCAUGCUCCUCAUGGCCUCUUUGGAGGUGCUGUACCUGCUGGCACAGCUCGGAGAGGUUCCCUGCAGCAAGAUCGCUUCGGUCGACCAUAGCAUAGACCUGUUAGUGCGGUUGGUGUCGGUUGACCUUCAUACGUUUGGACCCGACGCCCUAACAGCGGUGCGGUUGAUCGAGCAUCAGGCCAACGCCGACCAGGCAGCCGAGGUUCGACCACAGCUGGUGGAGCAGGUCCCUGCAGCCGUGCAGGGAGCACCAGCACCUGUAACAAGAGUCCCAGUUCAAUCCACUCAACCACCGCCUGGUAUUGUUGAACUAGAUGGGGAAAAAUUUACACUGCAGUGGCUAAACGCACAUUUUGAGACAUACCCUGAGGGCUCUGUGUCUCGAUCAGACAUGUACUCCGAGUACCUGGCCACGUGUAGUAAAAUGGGACGAAGCAACAUCUUGAACUCCACUGGCUUCCUCAAAUGUCUGAGGACUGUAUUUCCCAACCACACAAUGCGGCGGCAAGAGGAGGCCAAGGCCAAUGGUCAGGUUCAGAUUCUCCUGGUGGGGCUAAGGCGAAGGUCAAUCCCCUUGCCCAUCCAGCUGUACUACCAGCAGCCUCAGCAGCAGAAUCCGGCAGCAGCUACUCCACCUCCAGCCGCCCGACACGAAGCUCCCGGAGACGCUCAGGCGCCAUCUCAAGGCUUACCUCCUGGCCAUCUCAGUCAGUUUGCCCGGACCCCGGGCCCCAGCCUCAGUGCCGUUGGUGCCGCCCCAUCCAUGGCCUUGACUGCACAGGAACCUCCCCAUGCAAGCCACACGACUGUUCCCCGCCACACGGUGCCCCCACAGGUGCCUCCGCAGUUACCACCAAAUCCUCUGGCAGCAGCGCAGCAGCAACAACAGCGACCUGGUCCAGUGGUCCAGAUUCCAACGUCGGCAGCGGCCACCGAGAACCACAGCCCGCAGAACCUUGGCGCUCCACCUGCAGCACAGCAACACUCCCCCAUGCUCCCCACGGGGACGCCUGUCACGCUGUUUCAGCAGGUACCACAGGGCCACAUCCUCACCGCCAGGGUACAAGGUGUAUGCCCUCCGAUCACCCAGCACCCGCCCUUGCCUCAAACCCCUCCCCAGGUGGAGCCUCAGUGUGUUACUGCGGCAUCGACAGCCUCUUCUUCCAUCCAGGUUGGAGGUGGUCAGGCAUUGAGCAUUGCAGGUGGGCCCAAUUCCCAGGGGUCACGCGUCACAUUUCAGAAUAUCGCCCCCAAACCAGCGCCAAACCAGUCAGGUGGACCAGCAGCCACGAUAGCCUCUCCCAACCAGCAGCCUCAGCCUCAACAGCAGACGCAGAGUGUCGUAAUUGUCAGUCCCAACCCCCAGCAGAACCCGGCCUACACCCCUGCCAUACACCAGAUCGUUCUUGCCAACCCCUCCGCCAUUCCCGGUGCCCAGACUAUCCAAAUAGCAGGGCAACCUGGAGCUGCUUCCAGCCCCUGCCUGCCUCCUGCUUCUCACUCCAGUACCCACAUCCAGCCCAGUCAAACAGUCAGCCACGCACUGUCCAUGAAACGGCAUCAACAGCAACAGCAGCAGCAGCAGCACCAACACCAACAGCAGCAGCAGCACCAACAGCAGCAGCAGCACCAACAGCAGCAGCAGCACCAACAACAGCCGCCGCUCCAAAUAAUUUCUCCUCCCUCUCAGCCUACCUCCACAGAGUCCAGCUUGAUCAAGCAGCUACUGCUUCCAAAGCGAGGGCCUUCUACUCCGGGAGGAAAGCUAAUCCUACCCGCUCCACAGGUGCCCCCUCCCAACAGCACGAUAGCCCCUAGUCCACAGGUCCUCUACCAGACAAGCUACAGCACCCAGAAUCCCUCUCCUCAGCCCCAGCAGCUCAAUGUCCAGCUGGUUCCUGGUCAGCUUCCUGCUGCAGGAGCCCCAGCCCUCCAGACGGUUCAGCUCUUGCCAGGCCAGCUCAUUUCCACAGGUAGCCCAGGGGCAGCUACCAUCAUCCAGGGCCCCACUGCAGCUGGACAAGUCACAUUCACCGUGGUCCCAAACACUGGCUUCACCACCUCUACUGCUGCUGUUGCCGCUGUCAGCCAGGGUGCUGUGGUUCCAGGAGUUGCCCCUCCUCCAUUCUCUACUGGAACAUUUCCCCACCAUGCCCCUGCAGCUCCACCACCACUGCCAGCUCCCCUCAGAGGAGACAAGAUAAUUUGUCAAAAGGAAGAGGAGGCCAAGGAUGCCACAGGGCUGCACGUCCAUGAGAGAAAGAUAGAGGUAAUGGAGAACUCCUCUUUGGCAGAAGGAGACUCCAACGGCAAAACCAGUAACGGUGAUGUUGCGGCAGGGGCCAAGCUGCUAAAUGGUCGGAAGUGCAUGGAGUCUAAUCUACCUCCAUACCACUCAGGGAACAGCCAGGGGGCGCUCAAUGGCCCGGCUACGGAGAGUCACCCUGCUAAUGGGAAGCAGGCCCUCUCACCUGGCUUGAACACCCCUCUGGAGGGUAACCCCGACCCCAAAAAGACUCUAGUCAACGGGGUGUGUGACUUUGACCGGGGUGAAAGUGGUGGCAACUUUAACAAAAACAUUCCAAAUCACAUUGCUUCCAAACAGUACUUGGGGAAUGGGGAGGUUGGCCCCUCUGAGAAGAGUUAUGGGUCAGACCCCCUUCUUCCUAGUCCUCCUCCCCCCCAGCAGGACACUGCCAAAGCCCAGCAGGCUGAGCGCCUGGCCAACGGACCCCAGGCAGUGGGCAACAGGCCUCCCUCGGAAUUAACCAAUGGACCUUUGGGGCCUGGCCACGCUGUGCCUGUGCUAAGACAGCAACUGCUCCCCAAUUCCCCCCUCCCCCCAACCGUUACUCUCUCCUCGCAGAGUCUUGCUGCCUCCCCUGCAAACGGAGUGGCCUCCGAGGCUCGAGGCAUCAAGAGACCGGCAGAGAACGAGGACCGCAGUGCGGCGGCAGCAUCCUCGGGAAUCCCCAAUAAAGUGGGAGUGCGGAUCAUCACCAUCAGUGACCCCAACAACGCCGGCAGCAGUGCCACCAUGGUGGCAGUGCCAGCAGGAACAGACCCAAGCACAGUAGCCAAAGUAGCAAUAGAGAACGCCACUCAGCAGAGGAACUGCUCACCCACACAGGCAGCUGGCACGACGCCUACCGCUACCCCGUCCCCGCCCCCUGUAUCCCAGCCUGCACCAGCGGGUAGCCACAGCCCUCACCUCCCAGCACAGCAAACCCCCGCAGCACCGCCAGAGCAAAGCAGGAAAGCAGGGCAGAACUUCAAAUGUCUGUGGCAGUCCUGUAAACGGUGGUUUGAAACGCCAUCUCAGGUGUUUUACCACGCAGCAACGCAACACGGUGGAAAAGGUGUGUAUGGAGGCCAUUGUCUGUGGGAGGGAUGUGAACCUUUUCCCCGGCAAAGAUUGUCCUUCAUCACGCAUUUACAGGAUAAGCACUGUUCUCGAGAGGCUUUGCUGGCUGGACUCAAACUAGAGGAGCAGCAGGCACAAAGUCCCAAUCAGACUUCUUCCCAGACUCCGCCACUGGCAGGCAGUACUCCGGCACCACGAGCACCAAAAGCAAUUGUGAAUCAUCCGAGCGCAGCUCUCAUGGCUCUACGCCGAGGCUCUCGAAAUCUGGUCUUCAGGGACUUCACUGAUGAGAAAGAGGGACCAGUGACCAAACACAUACGACUAACUGCUGCCUUAACGUUAAAGAACAUCGCCAAGCACUCUGACUGUGGUCGCAUGUUGGUAAAGAGGCAUGAGACGCACCUCUCUGUGCUUGCGCUAAGUAACAUGGAGGUUUCUACCACGCUCGCCAAAUGCCUUUAUGAACUGACUCGCUCGCUCCAGGCUUAACGCCAAAAGGACAACCUCUACAACUCCCUCACCGCACCACCCCAAACCCUCUCCUGAAACGAGAGGGGGAAAAGCCACCGGUGAGCCGUAGCGGGGCUGCAGGGGGAGCAGAGGGCGGGAACCACAAGAGAGACCCUCCUUCUGCCGUGCCUGGCACACUCGACCCCCCCCCCCCUCUCAUCCCUCAUGUCCUUCCUCGCCAACCUGUGUUCAAACCCCCGCCCUCCCCUAUCCACACACACAAAAAAAAACUGCCACGGGGUCUUCCACCAGCUGCCCACCAGGGGGAACUCUUUAAGACUGCUUCCCCGAGGGACUCCACCGACGAAACCCCAAACACGAGCACAUUUUGUUCAUUUAUUUUUGUGUUAUUUUUAUUCUUCUCUUCGUCCCGUGAACUAAUGUGUGCGUUGGAGCGAGUGGCGGUCGACUGAAGAGUACGGGUGGGCGGGUAGGUGUCCCACUGGGUUGGGUGAAGGAGGACUCAGCUGGCAACUGGCGCAGAGAAUUUUUUUUCUUUAGAAACUUGGUAGCUUGGUUUUCUUACUUGAGUCAAUAUAUUUUCACUUAUUUAUUAUUGAAAUGAAUACCAUUACAAUUAAUGAAAAAGAAUCUUGUAAAUAUGUUGUGAAUAUAUAUAAAGAAGAUCCUCUUUCAUGCUGAUGCAGCCACUGGAGAACUUGCUCUGUGGAGUAAUAGAAGCAUUACUUUGGUAGGAUUGAAUAAAGUAGUAUGUUUUGUUUGUUUUUUGUUUUCUUGCUUUUUUAUGAUCCCUGGUCACUUGUAUCUAAUGUGAUUCUAUACUCAGCAGUGGAUGAAUGUACUUAAAAACCUGUAAAUACUUCUGCAAAGGUACUGAUGCUGUAAAGCUUAGGGAGGGGGAAAAAACAGUUUUUUGUGGAACUGUGACAUUUUUUGUAUUAUAAUACCUUGUAGAACUCAUUUUGCUGGCUGAAAGAGUAUGGAAUAAUAUAUCUCAUGUCAUUUUGUAGAAGAAAAAAAAAUAUUGAAGGUAUUCUCUUCCCUUCCUCUUCCCUCACACAACCUCCCCUCAACACGCACACACAAGUAACAUAUAUCCACUGUAAGCGUUUUGUCAUUGUACGGGCACAGUGCGCGUACCAAAAUUUUUUUGUAUUUGUAAAUUGGUUUAAAUACAUGGAGUUUUUAUACAGGUUUUCUCCUGUGUUCUUUGCUUUACGUGCAGGUAUGAUAUUUUCUUCACUACUUUUUUCUAUCUUAAUAUAGUGUGGAGUUUUAUUGUACUAUUUUUUCAUUCUUAAUACCAUGCCACAUUCCGGCUCACGUCCUCAGACUGUCCUCUCUACCGUGUGUUGUGUAACAUUUAUGACUGCCUGUCGUAUUAGCAUCUGACUGGGGCGACCCAACCAUCCUCAUUUCUGCGGUGUCAGUAGGAUGUGUGACUAUACAUAGACCUAACAGUCUGUUAGAGAUUGGCUUUAUUUACUUUGGUGACUGUUUAUAGUUUUUAAAUAAAACACUGAACAUUUUG